AUGUCUGUCUUUGGCGGAUUUUACGACCCAUUCUUCGACUACGACCCACAAUUUGACCUUGACUUUAGUUGGCCAUGGACUGGUCGAGGUGUUAGUGCUCAAGGUGAUCGAAGUGUCGGUGUUCAAGGUGCCGAUAGUGGACGUGAAGAACGUUAUGAGCGUGGUGAUCAUAGAGACUCUGAUCGAGAUGACUACGGUGACAUCAGCCGAGGAGUAACUCGUCGUAUUCCUAUUCAAGAUCGUGUUCCACGUCAUGCCAGUUCCAGAAUUAUGACCGAAAGGGAAGGUGAUACUGUCUGGAGACCCGCUACUGAUGUUCUUGCAAAUGAUAAUGAGUUCAUUAUCCAUGUUGAUCUUCCGGGUGUCCCAAAAACAGAGAUCCAGAUUGAUUUACGUGAUCGUGAACUCGUGAUCCAAGGUGAAUCUAAACAACAAGAAGCCUAUAAAGCUGCCAGUUCUCGCGUUCGCCAACGAAACAUUGGCAAAUUCCGUAAACACGUGUACUUGCCACGUAAUAUGACUCUGGAUAAAGAUCAUAUUCAGGCCGCGUUCAAUGACGGAUUAUUGGAAAUCAAGAUUCCUCGUACUGGCGAGAGACAAACUGUUAUCAGCAUCCAAUAA